AUGCUGGUAUUUGUGAGACUGUUACUGAUGUUGAUGUCUCAGGCUUUAGGCAAGGUUCCUCUUUAUAAUUGCAUGCCCAGUGAUUCUCUUUCCAUUCUUCACAAGUAUUAUCAUUUAGGAGACCUCAUCAUUGGUGGCAUCAUCUCUCAGAUCUACAUCCCUUCUGAAGCGAUAACCUUUACAAGCUAUCCUCAUCAGGAAGAAGUUGAGGAACUCAUCGAUUAUUUCAAAAAAAGGUAUACCUACCUUGCUGCAAUAGACCUUCUCUCUACACCGAACAAAUUAGUCCCUAACUACAAAUGUGACAUCCAGAACACCCCAAUGGCAGUUAUUGGGGGACCACUUUUUGACACUGAUCUCCAUAUGGCCACCAUCCUAAGCAACUACAAAGUUCCACAGCUCACCUAUGGUUCUCCUUCAUCAUUUAAUAACAAUAGUCAGUCUGUUUUCUUUCAAUGGAUGUUCCCAAAUAGGAACCAUCAUUAUAUGGGGAUUAUCAAGUUACUGCUGCAUUUCAACUGGACGUGGAUUGGGGUGAUUUAUCUGCAUAGCCACACCGCUGAGGAAUUUGUACACAGCACACUUCCUGUUUUUUCCCAGAAAGGUAUCUGCUUUGACUUCAUCGAAAGAUUUCCCCAAAUGGCUUUUUCAAACAAUUUUGCUGAAAUGAUCGAGAAGGGAUCACAGUUAUAUGAUAAAGCCAUGAGAAGCACCGCCAAUGUGCUCAUCGUCCAUGGUGAAAUUCAAAGCAUGAUGAUUUUGAGAAUGCUGCUACAUUUCUCAAAAACUGAGAAUAGACCAGUGAAGGAAAAAAUCUGGAUCAUGACAGCAGAGAUGGAAUUCACAUCGCUAUUCUUUCAAAGAGAUUGGGACUUAGAUUUCAUCCAUGGUGCUUUAUCAUUUGCCAUUCACUCAGAAAAGCUGCUAGGAUUCCAGGAAUUUAUUCAGAGGAGAAACCCUCAAGUGGAAAAAGAAGAUGGCUUUAUCAAGGACUUCUGGAAGGAUGCAUUUAUGUGUUGUUUCCAUGACUCCAAGGAAGAUAUGAAGAUCUGUACUGGAGAGGAGAAGCUGGAGUCUCUUCCUGGGUCUGUCUUUGAAACAAGCAUGACUGGCCACAGCUACUGUGUUUACAAUGCUGUCUAUGCUGUGGCACAUGCUGUGCAUGCCAUGUUAUCACCCAAAUUCAGACAAAGAGUAGUGGAUGGAGGGACCAGGAAGCUAAUUCAACCACCUUGGCAGCUACACCAUUUUCUGAGGAGCAUAUCAUUUAACAACACUGCCGGGGAAGAGAUUUCCUUCAACCCAAAUGGGGAACUGGUAGCUGGAUUUGAUAUUAUCAACUGGGUCACCUUCUCGAAUCAGUCCUUUCUUAGGGUCAACGUUGGAAGGAUAGACCCAAAGGCUCCUCCUGAUAAAGUACUCACCAUUCGUCAGGAUGCUAUUGUGUGGCCAAGUGGAUUUAAUCAGGCACUACCUCUAUCUAUGUGCAAUAGUGUUUGCCAUUCAGGUUAUAAUAGGAUAAAGAAGGAAGGAAAGCCAUUUUGCUGCUAUGAAUGCUUUCGGUGUCCAGAAGGGAAGAUUUCUAAUGAUGAAGAUAUGAAUGACUGUUUUCCCUGUCCAGAAGAUCAUUAUCCUAACAAUGACCACAACUUAUGCAUUCCCAAAGUUAUAAACUUCCUAUCUUAUGAAGAAACAUUGGGAGCCAGUCUGGCUACUUCUGCCCUUUCUUUAUCACUCCUCAGUGUUUGGGUCCUUGGGAUUUUCGUGAAAUACCAGGAGACUCCCAUUGUCAAAGCCAACAACCGGCACUUAACCUACAUCCUUCUCAUCUCCCUCCUACUAUCCUUCCUUUCUACUUUACUAUUUAUUGGCCAACCUGAGAAAAUCAUGUGCCUCCUCCAACAAACAGCCUUUAGCAUGAUAUUCUCUCUUGCUGUGUCUUGUGUGUUGGCCAAAACCACCACUGUGGUCCUAGCUUUCAUGGCCACCCGACCGGGGUCAAAUAUUAGGAACUGGGUGAGGAAACAACUGACAAAUGGCAUUGUUCUUUCCUGCUUCCUUAUUGAAGCAAUUGUUUGUACUGUAUGGCUCGCAACCUCUCCUCCAUUCCCUGAUUUUGAUAUGCACUCAAUAACUGCAGAAAUUGUACUGCAAUGCAAUGCAGGGUCAGUUGCUAUGUUUUACUGUGCAUUGGGGUUUCUGGGCUUCUUGGCCCUUGUCAGCUUCACUGUGGCUUUCCUAGCUCGGAAAUUACCGGAUAGUUUUAAUGAAGCCAAGUUCAUCACUUUCAGUAUGUUGGUCUUCUGCAGUGUUUGGCUCUGCUUUGUUCCAACCUACUUAAGCACCAAGGGAAAAUACAUGGUGGCUGUUGAGGUUUUCUCCAUCUUGUCUUCCAGUGCUGGAUUGCUGGGUUGCAUCUUCUCCCCUAAGUUAUACAUCAUUAUACUGAAGCCUGAGUUGAAUAAUAAGGAACAGUUACUAAGGAGGAAAAAAGAAGAAUAG